AUGGGCAGGAACGAAUGCAGCUUUUGCGGUGGUAAUGUGAGGGUGUGCGGUCACGGGAGGGAGAGGAGGGCGGUGUUUCAUACGAGGCAUCUUGGUGCCGUCAGGGCUGAAGCUGUUGCUGCUCGGAAGAUGAUGAAGUCGGAGUCUUUUCAGGGCAAGAUGCCGAAUGGACCGCCUUCCCUUUCCAAGAUGGCGAGCGCGGGUGUUGAGUCACCCAAGAGGGCGACGAAUGGGGUUAUCACCCGGGGCGUGAAGCGCUCUUCGGAUGGACUUGGUUCAGGUGAGGCUGUGGGGAAGAGGGUUAAGAUCCAGUCUGAUGUAUUCCGCGGUGGCAUUUGA